CUAAAAAAAAAAAAAAAUCCAAAUCUACAGCGAUUUUAUUCUCUCUCGAUAUUUUUUUAUAUAUAUAGAUUCGUGUAAACAAAUUCUUCACCGAAAUAUGAACGGAAAACUUUCAGCGGCGACGGUUACGGUGAUGGACACGUUUGAGAUGACCAGCAGUGAUUUUGUAGAACAGGAAGAGAGUUCAAUUAUGGAAUCCCAGAGGGGAGAAUCAUCAGAAUGGACCAACGAGAAACAUAGUUUAUAUCUGAAGUCAAUAGAAGCGUCAUUUGUUGACCAGUUAUAUAACUCUUUGGAGAUGCAAAGUUGUCAAACGCAAAAAACCUGCUCAUCAGAUGCAAUUUCAUCUUGGAAAAACCAUCCCAACGCUUAUAUCCCGUCUGGCCAGUUUAAGGUUCUUCAGGGUGGCUGUUGGUCAAAGAAAAACUUUAUGAGAGAAAAUUCACAGCCAAAGGAUACAAAUCGACCCAAACUUUCUCCUGGAAAUCCAUGGAUCCAGCAUUUCACUACUGGGUGCAAGCACGGAGAUAUAUCAUUCCUUUCCCACCAAAAAAGGCUAUACUCAACUGAAACGUUACUGCAAUGUCCUGUACCUGACUCUCGGUUGCAUCAACAAUCGGGUAGUAGUAAUUCAGAGGUCACAGGUCAAAAUUUUGUUGAAGACACAUUAAUAGAAAAGGAAAAGAAACAGCGCAGCAAAAAACGGACGAGAACUUCUAGAAUUGCUGUCAAUGAUCAGGUUGUUCCAUUUUGCACCUCUGCUGCAACUGAAAUCAACGAUACAUAUGUUCUUCCUGAAAAAAAGUAAGGGCUUAUCACUUGCCAGUUCCCAUAGUAGCUAUUGGUAAUAAAGGAUCACAAAUGAGAGGUGUUCCAGAUGACAAUUCAUAUAUCCGUAACUGGAGAUUAUUAACCCACGCUAAGCUCUAUAUCGACAGCUGUUUUUUAGCAUCUUAACAAAGUCCAAGUGGGUGAUGGUGCUAAGAACAGAUAGUAAAGUUGUAAAUGAUGAUUACAAGAAGAUGGAUAAAAAUUUCAUCACAAGGAUAUUCUUCUUGGACUUGGAAAUUCGAGAUAGUUAGGUUGCUCAUAGAUUGGUUUGUUCUUUUCUUUUCUUUCUUGUCACUGUGCCUACGGUUUUCAUGAUGUAAUUGACCUGCAGCACAGGAGCAUUAAUUAUUGUUGGUAGCUAAAUUGAUAUCUAUAUCAAACUAGUUUGGUAGUUUAUAUCAAACAAUUGUUUCUGCUGGCUAGUAAUUUUUUGCUUUGGCAAUGGUAGUUUGGGUAUAUAAUCGUCUAGGCGAGCAAGGAAUCUGCAGACUUAAGUAAUAGACUUUGGCAUCUUAUUCACGGGAAUACUAGUUAGGCCCUACAUCUUAUUCACAGGCAUACUAGUUGGGUCUUUUACUAGAUUGAAGUAGGUUCCUUCUCCUAAACUCGUUUUAGGCAUCUCAUGUUUUGUAAUUGCAAUUAAUAAUUGCCUUGAUCUUGGGCAUGAUCAACCAUAAUGUGGUAUCAAGGGCGAGUUCAGUUUCACAGUAGUUACUAGAUUGAGGGAGAAGGACUUAAGUUGUAAAAGCUUAGCAAGUAAAUCAAGGGCGAGUUCAGUUUCA